UCUCUGGCAGCCACAUUGGCUGUCCCUGUCAGACCUGAAGUGCAGAGUCGGUUGCUAAAGCAGCACAGCUGCCCUGGCUCCCUCCCAGCAAGAACCCCCAGACCCUCCUCUCUCAAAAAGAAAGGGACUUCUGGGUCCUUUUAAAAAAAUUCCACCUCCAUCCCCCAGGGCUCUUCUGCAGCUGCUAGAGAGAGAUGCAGAAUGAAUGAACUUCUGGCUUUUGGAGGAGGCACGGAAGGAAGACUGGAGAGUAACUCUGCCAGAAACUGCUGUUUGUGGGAUUGUUUCCUUCGCCUUCAUCUCCACGACAAGCCUGUCCUUGCCCUGGGCACCAACACAUGGGCUCCCCUUGCCGGGCACAGAAGCAGCUGGAAACAGUUUCCCUGAGACGAGAGGAGACCGGGGCCUGCAUCCCAGAUACCACCACUGUGCCUCCCACAGCCCGUGGAGUCAGCUCCUGUCCAGCCCCGUGGAGACGCCGUCCAUCAAGGGCCUCUACUACCGCAGGGUGCGGAAGGUGGGCGUCCUGGAAGCCUCCCCGGUGGACCUGAAGAAGGAGAUCCUGAUCAACGUGGGGGGCAGGAGGUAUCUCCUCCCCUGGAGCACACUAGAUCAGUUCCCGCUGAGCCGCCUGAGCAAACUCCGGCUCUGCCGCAGCUACGAGGAGAUCGCGCAGCUCUGCGACGACUACGACGAGGACAGCCAGGAGUUCUUCUUCGACAGGAGCCCCAGCGCCUUCGGGGUGAUCGUGAGCUUCCUGGCGGCCGGGAAGCUGGUGCUCCUGCAGGAGAUGUGCGCGCUGUCCUUCCAGGAGGAGCUGGCCUACUGGGGCAUCGAGGAGGCCCACCUGGAGAGGUGCUGCCUGCGGAAGCUGCUGAGGAAGCUGGAGGAGCUGGAGGAGCUGGCCAAGCUGCACCGGGAGGACGCUCUGCGGCAGCGGAGGGGGGCCCGCCGCCCCGCCUCGCAGUCCUCGCGCUGGGGCCUCUGCAUGAACCGCCUGCGCGAGAUGGUGGAAAACCCGCAGUCCGGGCUGCCCGGGAAGGUCUUCGCUUGCCUCUCCAUCCUCUUCGUGGCCACCACUGCCGUCAGCCUGUGCGUCAGCACCAUGCCCGACCUCAGGGCGGAGGAGGACAAGGGUGAAUGCUCUCGGAAGUGCUACUACAUUUUCAUUGUGGAGACCGUCUGCGUGGCCUGGUUCUCCCUGGAGUUCUGCCUGCGGUUCGUCCAGGCCCAGGACAAGUGUCAGUUCUUCCAGGGGCCCCUGAACAUCAUCGACAUCCUGGCCAUCUCCCCAUACUACGUGUCGCUGGCGGUGUCUGAAGAGCCCCCGGAGGACGGCGAGAGGCCGAGCGGAAGCUCCUACCUGGAGAAGGUGGGGCUGGUGCUGCGCGUGCUGCGGGCACUCCGCAUCCUCUACGUGAUGCGCCUGGCCCGCCACUCGCUGGGGCUGCAGACGCUGGGGCUCACCGUGCGCCGCUGCACACGUGAGUUCGGCCUGCUCCUUCUCUUCCUGGCCGUGGCCGUCACCCUCUUCUCCCCUUUGGUCUACGUGGCCGAGAAGGAGUCCGGGCGGGUGCUGGAGUUCACCAGCAUCCCCGCCUCCUAUUGGUGGGCCAUCAUCUCCAUGACAACGGUGGGCUAUGGGGACAUGGUGCCCCGCAGUGUGCCGGGCCAGAUGGUGGCCCUCAGCAGCAUCCUGAGUGGGAUCCUCAUCAUGGCCUUCCCGGCCACAUCCAUCUUCCACACCUUCUCCCACUCCUACCUGGAGCUCAAGAAGGAGCAGGAGCAGCUUCAGACCCGUCUCCGCCACCUCCAAAACACUGGCCCAACCAGUGAACGUGAACUCCUGGACCCCCACAUGGCUGGUGAACAUGAGCUCAUGAACGAUGUCAACGACCUGAUCCUGGAGGGCCCGGCCUUGCCUAUCAUGCACAUGUAACUCAGCACCCCCUGUGACUACAUGGUAACCUCAACCCAUCGCCCUGCCUGAAACACGCUCAAGGGUACCCCACAUAGACCACCUAGUGGUGUUUCUAGAGCGCUUGGGAAGACUCCCAAAGCUGGAGGGGCAUAAGGCCACAGAGGCUGUGUGUCUUUGUGAUCCUUGCCCCUCGGGGCCCCAAUGCCCCAGGCUGACUGUAUCCAGCCUGCUGCCUUUUCCUCUCUCUCUGCCCAUCUACUGAGCAUGUCCAAUCUUGCAGGAGUAGCUCUGUCUACCUUCAUUCUCUUUUCCUUCUCAGCAGAGGCUUUAACAUCCCAGGCUGGGUUCUGCAUGCCCACAGAACUGGUAACCAUGGGUAUUUCCAUACUGAGCCUACAGAGUUUCAUUAUUUCCCUAAGACCCUCUUUCCUGGGGCAUGCCACCACCAGAAAUCGAAGGUCCAAUCACUGCAAACCCCUCUGAUCAGAUCUCCCCACCCAACCCUUCCACGGGCUCUGGAGGAAUCAAUAUCUUCUCCUUCGGGUUACCACCACCAGGGCUAUUUCCCUAAUGCAGCUCCCUCCCUGCCAGCUCUGAAAGCUUGUAGCUAAGAAGGUAGAAUUGGCCUUUCUGCAGUGAAUCCCAUGUUGAAGCUGGUACCCUCAAGCCUGCCAUCCCCUACCUGGAGCUCAAGAAGGAGCAGGCAUCCCCCGGCAUGCCUGGGACCUGGGACCUGGGCAGAAACCUACUUUCCAGGACAGCCAAGCCCUCCUUGGCCGCCUGGACUCUUGGUGUGAUGUUCUCCAGUUAUCCAGUCCUUAGCCUUGACAGAGAUGAACUCUUUUGGGGUCCACAUUGUCCCUCGAGAAGAUUGUUCCUGCUGCUGGUUCCUCCCACACUGCCGGGUACCUUGGCUUUUCAUCCUCAGCUGAGCCCCCAUGGACUCUGUGUAGCUUUGGUGCAGAAACAAAGGGAAAUGUAGGGUCUGUGCCUUGCUGGAUUCCCACACGAGGCUUCUCCAUGCCAGAGGAUAGACAUUCUUAGCUCACAUCUCAAUGCAUUUGUUUAUUUGUCCAUUUACCUGUGAACAGAGUCUGCCCUUUGCAUCCAGGGGAGGAGGCAGUCAGAGAUCUGAAUCACUGGAGAUAAUGCAGCAUAUUCUGAGGGCAGGCAGGAAGGAGCAAUGCCUUUCAAGCAGUGGGCUCCCAGAAGCUUUGCAGAGACAUGGGCAGGGCUGGAGAGUAGAGGGGUAUUUUGGGAGACAAAGCUGAACAGGUGGGUUGGGAUGAGACAGCAUGGGCCUUGAAUGCUUUAUGGAGGACAGAGUGAUGGGCACAGGCUGUGGGUUAGGGAGAUGACGAGGCUGGAUUGGGCGUGAGAAGCCUAGUUUGGGAUGAGGAACCACUGAGCCACUCAGGAAAGACAGCCCUCCCUCCUUCAUGGUACAAAUUGUGCACGGUUUUGUCAGAUCCUGGCAUCUCCCAGCAAAACACACCUGGGAGAUGUACUGAUGGCACUUCCCAGGAGUGACAUGGCCACACAAGCGUUUGCUGUUGGCUGUAAGACCCCUGGAGAAUGUGCACAAGAUCCAAAUGGGACAGCAAAGUGGUUUGGGCCCUGCCAAUCUGAUGAAAUGUAUGUAAGAGCGGUCGGCAUUUUACCACUGGUAACAAGUUCCUCGGUGUUCAUUCAUUCUGUUAGUUUUUCACAAUGUCCUGCUGUGUGCAGUCACAGUCCUUGGCUGAUGGUAAUGCCAGGCAACAGUGUGGCAAAGGGCUCUGGCCCAGGAAGCGCCCUGAACCAGCAUCUAGCUUCCAGGGAGCCUUGGCCUCCUGGGGAGCCCACCUUUCCUUGGAGUCCUCCAGAUGUCCCCCCAACUGAUGUGGGCACAUGUCCCCAUUCUUUUAGACCCUCAUCUUUCCCAAGUUGACAUGUCACCGGGUGACAUAGUGGUCCAGUGGCCAUGAGACAAGGAAAGCCCCUGCACCCUAUAAAAUCCCCAGCCUAGAUGACUACUUCACUCCACAAAGUGGCAGCAAGAUUCCUAUAAACAUUCGGUGGAAACUUCAUGUCACGGGCACCUUGGACAGUAGCCAUAGAAGUCUCUAUUCUAGACUAACAUUUAUUUAUUUAUUUAUUUGGAGACAGAGUCUCGCUCUGUCCCCCAGGCUGGAGUACAGUGGCUUGAUC